CUUUAAUCGUAAUCGUAUUGUAAGGCGUCUUUUGGCUCAAUUGAGGAAUUGCGUUUAAUUGCUACGUCGUAGCUUGUACCGUAGAGGGAGAGGCUGAACAGAGAUUUGAAGAGAUAUUCGUCUGUCCUUAUCGGAGCUGACAUUUUUCACGCUUGUGUUACAGUAUUCAGAAGACAAUACGAUAUGAAUCAAAGACGACAGAAUGCAAACCAAAGUUACACCUGGGAAUCCUACAAAAGUACACCGACAGGAUCCCAAAACUAUACCAAGGAGUCCUAUAAGACUUCAGGACCCGUGCAGAGGAGUGCACCAUCUGCUAGAGGUUAUGACAACGUGCAAGUUCGGCACAGUGUAAAGGAGACUAUGAAAACGAAAGUAACUGUUACUGCUAAGCAAUAUACGGAAGUGAGAGAGCACACAGUCAGAGAGACUGUGUCUGCCAAAAUUUCAGGUCCUAAAGCGGGUACUUCAAAAGCUAUUGGUGGUAGAAGUGCUUCAAGCAGAAUGUAUCGCUGAUAAGUGAUGCAAUAAACAUAUUUUUCUCUAUCAGAAUAAUUAGAAUACAUUUUGAUUUCAGUAAAGGAUUCUUAAAAAAUUAGAAAAGAUUCAUUGUUUUGCUAUUAGUUAAUUGCAUUUGAAUGCGUUCUGUGUUCAUUCUAGUGUGUAGUAUGCCUUAAAGAAAUGAGAAAUUCUGAACGCUUAUUUGUUAGAUAUUGUUUUUUUACAUUUAGUUUUAACUUUAAAAAUACCUGUAAUAAGCGCACAUUGAAAAAUAAAUUUGUAUAUUCGUAGCUAGA